AUGUUCAAGAAACUUGAAAGUAUCUCGAAGAAAGCUGCAGACUUCCCCGAGGCCAUGAGGAUGGUGAAGCAGAAUCACAUUUGUCCCAAAUUGUUCUUUGAAAAAGACAUCUAUACUGAAAUUCUAGACAAAUUGGACCUCAAAUGUCAAUAUCCUCAAGCAAGUAAAACUCUUGGUAUCAUAGAUUAUCACACUGGUUUUACGCCGUUCAGCUAUUUUCUAGAGACUGAAUUGAAUCCUAAACAUCAUGUUCUCUUUCCUGAGAGCGUGGCAGCUUCAAAAUUCUGGAAGCAUAUGAUAUCCAAAGAUCCUAAUUGUAAGGGGAUGAUUAUGGAUGAUGAUCAAGCAAAUCGUGUGCUUAAGCAUUCGUUUCUCAACAAAGUGCUUGAAAAGGGUGAGUUGGAACCUAAAGAGGAGACAGAUCUAUCCAAAGUCAACCAAUCCGCUCUCAUUACAGGAAACUUUGUGGAUUCUUCAGGAGGAGAUUCCUUAAGGAUUUUAUUGUUUUUCAAUCAGAUGAAAACAUCAAUUUUCCAAUUCAAUAACGUCAAGCUUUUAAGCUGGAUGCCUUCUUCAGAUGCGUUGAAAUUUAUAGGUCCUCUAGGCUCGAGGCAUAGGCGAUCCAACGCUUUGAUGACCAAUCUAUUCUGCAACGUCAACGUCAUCGCCUAUUCUAAUUUUGACAACAAGAAAAGUGUUGACGGCAUUCUUGGAAAGUAUAAAAAGGCUGUUAAAUUGCCCCAGAUUAGUGGUCAAAAAGACGUUUGUCUCAUGGAGUUCCAGUCCAGCUACGACAAGUACAAGAUUCAGUUUCCGGACGAGCUGCAUCUAGUGAUUCAUAAGCUCCUGAUAUCUCCUAGUAACAAGAUUAUAGAUAAUCUACAUACUCUUGGACCUGGUGCAGAGGAAUACUUGGAAACCAAAAUCGAUCCGGAGGUGCUUCAAAAAACUGCUCCUAAUAUUACAGAGCAAGAGUUUAUUGAUAUCAGCGAAGCUUAUUAUUAUUGGCCAUUUAAGCCCAAUACGCAGUUAGAAACUUAUCUAGGUGAUCCACCUCAGGAUGAGUAA